AUGAAGGCUGGAUUCUUUUGUGCCCAUGGUGAUUUUUCAUUGCAGAUUGUUGGACGGGUGUCAAGUGGUCCAUGUGAGGAUUUGGGGUUUAAACAUGUUAUACAGACACGAUUCCAACUGCACCAGCCAUUCAAAGCGUUCAACCUGCAGCCAUUUCAGCCCUUUGGAUCCCUUGCAGUCCUUGCAGCUAUGCCGGUGUGCAGGCCAAAGGCACGGCUGGAACGCCGGCGCACUGAUGGGGACCUGAGCUUCCAUCUUGAUUUGAAAUCUCCCCAGGGUCCAAUUUCUUCGGCCAUGUGUAAGGAACGCAAGGAUCGUCAGAGACAGCUCCCAUCUUUUGAAGUACCACGAGGGCUUUUGGAGUCCCCCGCCACUUCCACCCCUGCAAGCCCAUUGGCGAAGAUGGACAUGGUCACGCCAGUCACGCUCAAGAAGUCCAAAAGCUGCUUGCAACGCAGGGCGACUUUGCCCGCACUUGACAUCACCAGUGAAGCUUUGAUGCUUGCACGACAGCUCCAUUUAGACUUUCACGAAGUGAAGUUUGUUCUACAAGAGCUUAGAGAUGAAGGCCUUCAGAAGCUGCCCAGUGGUGGCUUAGAUGAAAAGGCCUUCCAGGAGUGCUUGCGCCGCAUCUAUGGUGGGGAGCUCAAGAAGGGCAUGGUGGAGUCAGCCUACAGGGAAAGCCAGGCAGCUGACGGGCCAGUGAAUAGCGAGCGCUUUUUGAAAUGGUACAGGGAUCACAUGUUCAACCUUGAAGUCUCUAAACCGCAGGGGCAUGGUCAAAGCAGUGGCUUGACUGUAGGUCUUGCAAAGAAAUAUGACUGCUCAGUCCUAGACUUGGAGAAAGUGAAGGAGAAGUUUGAUUUCUUUGAUCUCGACCAUUCAGGGUACAUCGAUCCCUACGAGUUUGAGAGCAUGAUGUGUCAAUUGAUGCGCUGCUCCAGCAAGUCUGACUUGCCAAAAGGUCGCCUCCAGCGGUUUUGGAAAGAGGCUGACAAGAACGGGGAUGGAGAAAUUGACUUUGAGGAGUUUUUGGAGUGGUACAUCAAGUACUUUGGCACAUCCUAUUCCAAUGGGCCAAUGGAUGCCUUUUAUGCAUCAUUCAUGCCAGAUGUCCAGCGAACGCGUUGCCUGGAAGGAUUUGCCUCAACUAUCGACAUUCAGAUUCAGUGA